UUCAGUUCCUGUUUUGCCGCUCAGAACCUCACAAGACGCGUGCGAGCGGAGGAGACUUGUGUUUGUUUAGUUUUUUUUUGUGUGCUGGUGCCCUCACAAUAUACGCAUCGGCGUAGGAUGUGGUCGCUUUGCUGACUUUUUUUUUUUUUUUUUUUUACCUGCACGCGCGAAUGACAGUUUGGAUUAAGCCCUGAAGCCUUCCUUCACACACAGUGUUACCGCGGAUGGCGUGGAGCAUCGGGCAUCAGGCAUCGCUGCGGGUGAGUAGCCAAGAGAUGAAUUAAGAUGCAGCACACCUCCUGUACAGAGGACCGCAUCCACCACGCCCUGGCACGGUGCCUGGACGGCCUGAGCCUCGGCCCCGUCCCAACGCCGUCCUGGCACGCAGUCGGCCUGUGCAUGAAUCGAUGGAGUCUGGAAGAACUGGUGAAAAGGGAUCCGGAGAACUUCCUCAUCCUCCUGCAGGAGAUUCUCAGGAAGACCAGAGAAGCACAAGAGCAGUGUCAGUAUGAGCUGGUGGCCCCGUUGACUCUCAUGUUCUCCUCCACCCUCCUGCAGACGCCCCACUUCCCCCCGGACUGCACGAUCGUGACCGAGGCCUGCGAGGUCUUCCACUGCUUCCUCACGUGGCCCGAGCCUUACUGCAGCCUGAGCAAAGACCUGCUCUGCACCCUCCACCAGGAGCUCCGAGCCCCAGGUAUAUCCUACCACAGGCUGGUGAGGGAAGAACAGGGCUUAACCACGGCUAACCACCGCUCAAAGACCAUGACGGUGCUUCUGAUGAACCCGGUUGACGUUCCCCCAGAGUUCCUCUCUGUGUCGGAGCAGCUGAGCGGCAUCCGGUACUCUCAGAAGGAGACGCACAUCACCCUCAUCAAACACGCAUACCAGUCCGCACUCGGCACAAAGUACCCGCUCCAGAGUAUGCACAAGGCCCUGCAGUCGAAAUGCGCGGAGGAGGUGGGCCAGAUCUUUUCGGCGGUGACUGAGGCGCUGGAGACGGCGGCGUCCACGGAGGACGCGCACAAGGCCAGGGAGCACCUCCUGCAGGGCCUGGAGGGCCUGAGGCGAAGGAUCGGCGUGCCCGUCUCCAACGGCAACAAGUCCGACGCAGGAAUGCUCCAGACUCUGCUGCUGCCCACAGCCAAAUGCUACAUGUACGAGUGGGACAGGGACAGCUUCGACAUUUUACAUAACAUCCUGGAGCAUGAGCACGGCCUGGGGAGCAGCCAGAUGACUCCCGGACGCCCGGAGGACGACGACGAGGAAGAGGACGAGGUGGAGGAGGAAGAGGAGAAGGAAGAGGACGAGGAGGACAGCAUGGAGGAGAUAGGGGUCACGGGGAACGGCUACGUGGACCACCGAGCCUCCACCCUCUCCACCGUCUCCACCUUCUCCACGGCCUCCAAGGACUCCAUGUUCUCCAUCUUCUCCGUCGCCUCCAGCUGCUCCGGGCCCUCCGUCCUCUCGGUGGCCUCCGGGGUGGACAGCGACUUUUUCGAGGACAUGGAGGACAGCCCGCCGGAGCGCGUCUCCAAGUCCAAGGCCCGGCUGAGCAACCGCUUCUCCAUGCUCUGGGCGCGGUCCACCAACACCCUGAUCCGGGCCAAGAGCCUGGGGAGCCCCGAGGGCAAGGACCGGAUGGUGGUGCGGUCCAAGCGCUCGAACUCGCUGCCCCAGCAGGUGCAGCUGGGGGCGCUGGAGCAGCAGCAGCCCCUCCGGCACGUGUGCUUCAGGCGGAGGCCCAUCCUGAGCUGCGAGGAGGACGGCAAGACCGCCACGCUCCGGGUGGUGGUGUUCGGCGCCGACCACGUCGCCGGCAAGGUGGCGCGGGCCUACAGCAACCUCCGGCUGCAGGAGAGCGCGUGCCCCCGCCUCACGCGCGUCUUCAAGCUGGAGUUCUUCUUCAUACCCGUGAGGCGGGGCUCCGGCUGCCCCGCCGCGCCCGGCCCGGCGCCGCCCUCCACAAGCCCGCUCAGAGGAACCGCCAACAUGGAGCAGAGUGCGUUGUGCUCGGAGGACAGCACCAAUGACAUCGCGCGCUUCAUCGGCAUACUGGACCCCUGGUACGAGCGCAACAUGCUGAGCCUACUCAACCUGCCCAUCGGCGUUCUGUGCCAGGUGAGACGCCAGCUCCUGCCCCAAACCUCGAAAAUAGAAGCGGAGUCGUGCGACAGCGCCAGCGAUCGGCUCCCUAUCCUGGCCGACCUGGUCCUGUACUACUGUCGCUACGCAGCUCGCCCCGUGCUCGUGCAGCUGUACCAGGCCGAGCUGACCUUGGCCGGGGGCGAGCGGAGGAACGAGGUGUUCAUUCACUCUCUGGAGCUGGGCCACACGGCCGGAACCCGCGCCAUCAAAGCCAUGGGUGCUGCAAGCAAGAGGUUUGGGAUCGACGGUGACCGAGAAGCCGUACCUCUAUCACUGGAAGUGCUGUACAACAAGGUGGGCGUGAGUGGGAGGAGCAAAUGGAGCAAAACAGAAAAGGUUUGCACUUCCAUCACCCUGACCAAAGCCUGCAGGAAACCUGAGGAGUUAGAUUCCAAAAUGGAGUAUCUUACGAUGAUGAUGACCGAGGUGCUGAAGAGGCAGAAUUCUAAAUCCAAAAAGGGCUACAAUCAGCAACUUUCCACCAUGGAGGUGAAGGUGGACAAGGUGCAGGUGAGUGGCGCCGGCAGCACCACCUUCGCCGUGUGCCUGGACCAGGACGAGAAGAAGAUCUUUCAGAGCGUCACCAGGUGUGACGUGACUGUGUGCUACAAGCCGGACAGCACAGCCGACUGGAGGCUUCGCAAGAUCCUGGCUGCCCAGAGCCAGCCCCUGCACCCCACCUUCUGCUCUCUGCUCUGCCUGCCCAUCGCCACCUUCAGUGGAGCCCAACCUUGACUGCAGGGAUAGAGCCAGCUCCCCCCCUCAGAGCAGAUGAAUCCGGGCCACAUGUUGUUCAGUUUAGGCAUGUAGGGGUCCGUCACGGCAAUAGCAGCUGUAUUGCGGACCAGCAGUGGCCCAACUGCUACCAACCGCAUGUAAGUUUUGUGCGGCAUUGCAAUUUUGGACCCAACUGUGACCAGCCACAUUUACGGUGUACCAUGGCACUUGGAUUCUGGGCCAAACGUUGGCCCAAAUGCAUAUCAAACCUGACCGUCCUCGCCAAAAAAGGUCGAGUUGUGGCUGCGUUCUGGCGGGCGGACUUGGAUGGGUUCACCGCCAUCACUCCAUGGGGGCAUGUGGACCAAUUGGACUGCAAAGCAGUUGCUAUCUGGGCAUAGCAGCUGCAACAUGCAGCCCAGAGACUCAAAAUGACAGUAAUCAAUCAAAAUCAGCCUCAUGCCGUGAGACAGUGGGCAGAGUAUGUAUGUACAAUAAAUGUGUAGAUUUGUAUAAAACGGUAAUGGUGAACAUGCCACAAAUGUUGCACAAGCAUUGCCAUGAAAAAUUUUGUUCAGGAUUAAUUUAUAAUUU